UGACGUGUGCCAACAUAAGCAAGAUAAAUUGUUGAACAAAGUGCACCUGCAAUUGAAAGCUGCUGGUUUUCAGCAAAGAGCAAGCUGGGGAGAACACAUUUGCAGGAGCCUUGAUCUCUGGGGGUUCUGAAGGCUGGAAAAAGCACAAAUCCCACAGUUUUCACCAUGAAGAGCUCCAGAAAUGUCUUCUGUCUUCUCUUUGUUCAUGCUGCUCUCGGCCUGGAACGUGUCCGGUGGUGCACCAUCUCUCAGCAAGAACUCUCCAAGUGUAAUGACAUGAGUAAGGCCUUCGGGAGGGCUGGCAUCCUUCCCCCUCUGGAGUGUACAGCGUGGGGGUCAGCUGCUAACUGUACCCAGAUGAUCAAGGAGGACUUGGCAGAUGCAGUGACGCUGGAUGGACGUUUGAUUUACCAGGCUGGAAAGGAGCAUGGCCUGAAACCUGUGGUUGGGGAAGUGUACGAUCAAGAGAUUGGAACUUCCUAUUACGCCGUGGCUGUGGUGAGGAAGAACUCCAGCAUCACCAUCGACAGCUUGAAGGGUGUCCGUUCAUGUCACACAGGCAUCAACAGAACCGCCGGCUGGGAUGUGCCCGUGGGUUAUCUGACUGACAGCGGGCGCCUGGCAGCCAUGGGAUGUGACCUUCCACAAGCUGUAAGUGACUAUUUCAAUGCAAGCUGUGUUCCUGGAGCAAUUGGCGUAAACUAUCCCAGUUCCCUGUGCCAGCUCUGCAGAGGGAAUUCGGCUGGGAAGAGCAAAUGCGAACGAAAUUCCCAAGAGCAAUACUAUGACUACAGUGGGGCUUUCAGGUGUUUGGCUGAAGGUGCUGGAGACGUCGCUUUUGUGAAGCACAGCACAGUGCCUGAAAACACAGAUGGAAGAAGUCUUUCUUCAUGGGCCCAGCGGCUUCGCUCCCGGGAUUUCCAGCUUCUGUGCCGCAACGGCAACACAGCUGAUGUGACGGAGUGGAGAACCUGCCACCUGGCCCGAGUCCCGGCUCGAGCCGUGGUGGUGCGGCCUGACACAGAUGGGGCAGCUGUCUUCCAGCUCCUGAACCAGGGACAACAAAGAUUUAAUGGGGUAGGCACCAAGUUCCAGAUGUUUGACUCCGCAGCCUACGGUGCCCAGAAUCUUCUGUUCAGAGACUCCACCAUGGAGCUCGUUGCGAUCACAGCUCAGGAUUACCAGGCAUGGCUGGGUGAGGAGUAUCUUCGUGCUGUGCAAGCCCUGAGCUGCAACCCCAACACCUUGCCAGAAAGCCUGAACUGGUGUGUUGUAUCCACCGAGGAGAUUUGGAAAUGUGGCGAAAUGGCCAUCGCUUUUAGGAAAAAGAAUUUGAAACCAGCAAUUCAGUGUAUUUCGGCCAAGACAAAGGAGCAGUGCAUGGAGAUGAUCCAGAAAAAGGAAAGUGAUGCUGUAGUUCUGGGUGGAGAUGAUAUUUACACAGCUGGAAAGACGUACGGCCUUGUACCAGCUGCUGGAGAAAGUUACUCUGCCGAUGACAACAGCAAUGCAUACUAUGCUGUGGCACUGGUGAAACGAAAUCUGUCCAAUGCCUUCACCAUCAGUGAUCUGAAAGGGAAGAAGUCCUGCCACACAGGGCUGGGGAGAAACGCCGGAUGGAAUAUCCCCAUUGGUAUUCUGAUUAAGAGGGGCAUUAUUAAGACCAGAGACUGUGAUAUUCCUCAAGCUGUGAGUGAGUUUUUCUCUGCCAGCUGUGUGCCCUCGGCUAAGCUGGACAGCUACCCAUCGAAGCUCUGUCAGCUGUGUGUUGGAGAUGACAGUGGGAACCACAAAUGCAGUGCAAGCAGCCAGGAGCGUUAUUACAGCUACAGUGGAGCCUUCAGGUGCCUGGCAGAGGACUCUGGGGACGUGGCCUUUGUCAAGCACUCGACAGUGUUCGAGAACACGGAUGGUAAAAAUACUGAUAGUUGGGCCCAGAACUUGAAUUCCAGUGACUUCCAGUUGCUGUGUCCAAAUGGUGCCCGUGCUGAAGUCACCCAGUUUGCCGAGUGUCACCUGGCUCAGGUCCCGGCUCAGGCCGUUAUGGUUCAUCCAGACACCAACGUUUUUGCUCUGUAUGGACUCCUGGACAAAGCCCAGGUCUACUUUGGAAACAGCAGCAAUGGAAAUGGAUUCAAAAUGUUUGAUUCUUCAACUUUUCAAGGAAAAAACUUGAUCUUUAAGGAUUCCACUGUUGAGAUCGUGCCAGUAGAGGAGAAGAGGACCUAUGCAGAGUGGCUGGGGAGGGAGUAUCUCGAGUCCCUUGAAGGGAUGCAAACGCCACAGUGCUCUGGGGCAGCUGCAGUAACAACAAAUGUUGCUGUGCUGCUGGCAGGCAGCCUCCUCCUGGCUACACCUACCACCUCAUGA